CUGUGCCUGGGGAUUAUGGGGAUGCUUCGAAAGCCUCAGGAACCCUAUGAAAAAGAUAACACCAAAAGGUUCUUAUUUCAUUAUUCAAAGACACAGAAGUUGGGCAAUUCAAAUGUUGUGUCGUCGUCUGUCGUGCACCCGCUGCUGCAGCUCAUUCCUCAACUGCAGGAGAGAAGGAUGAAGAGGUUCAAAGUGGGGGAAGAAUUCCCAGGCCCUGUUGCAAUUCGAAGUCGAGGAUACUUUCUAUUCAGGCCACGCAAUGGAAGGUCAGGAGGUUUCAGUUAAGAAGGAUGCUGACUCAUGUUCCACAGAAGGAGUGCCAUGGAACAAAAGAAGCCCACGGACAUCUUGUUUUCUUCAGAAAAACAAUCCUUGCCAAGUUUACCACGUCUGAGGAUCCCUGUUGUAAACGUCCUCAGUGAAAUUUGGUUAAGAUUGUAAAUAUUUAAUUUCUUGAAAAUAAUAAAAAGCACCUUAAAAGAU